CGUGGGAAGUACAAGUCGAAGAUUGGCGACUUUUGGAGAAGGAAAAGAAAACCUAUCUAUGCGCGCAAUGCCACUUAGAUUGAUCCAGAUAUCACACUGCCAUUAUUAUUCCAGCACUUUUGUAUUUAUUGGUUCCAAGGCUGCAUACAAAUCCAGCUGUCACGAUACUGUAGAGAACCUAAGUCGUGCGCGGUAUCUCCCUCCUCGUGCAUCUAAUGCAUGUAAUAACAUGAAACAGGGUGUAGAAAAGUGAGAAGUACAUGCCGGCGAAGGCCGACAAUUGCUGGGUACUCUUUCUACAGACAUCAAUCCCACUAUCGUCAACACAUGCAUCGGAAUGACUGCACAGCUUCAUAUUUCCGCUGUUUUCGAUGCCUGAUUCUUUUGCCUUCUCAUCUGCAAGGCGUUCUUCAACUGGUUGUGAAAUUACAGUCAAAAAUGCAGUAUAUAAGGACUGGUAUCUUGCUCGACUAAACUUCUCAUCACUAUCCAUCACAGCAGAGCUUUCCAUUUCAAUCAGAUUUACACUCCUCAACAUCCAUUACACGCAAUCUUUGUUCACUUCAUCGCAAUUAUGAAGUCCAUGUAUUACAUCCUGCCCGCGGUGGUAGUAGCUGUACCUCAAAGAUUCCAGAACUCUACAGUUGUUGCAAGCCAGAUUGCACCGAUUCGUGAUCCUUCGACGCGUAGUCAAGCAACUCCAAGCAUCCAAGUUUCGACUCGUGGUCAAGCACCUUCAAGCAUCCAGGCUUCUACACGCAGUGAAGCAGCUCAGCUGCCAGCUAGUAGCCAAGCCGUUUCUAUUAUUCCAACUACGACACGCGGCAACGCAGCUCCCCAAUCGUCGAGCAGCCGACGGGAUCAAGAUACCGGAGUUCGAGCGAGCAGUUCAGCACCCCAGAGGUCAACGCGUAGUGAAGCAGCGCCGAUCUCUUCAGCCGCAGGACAAAGCCAAUCUGCUCAGACCACUCGCAAUGUAGCGACCAGCUCAGCAGCCCAGAGAUCAACACUCAGCCAAGUGGUUCGAAGUUCACAAGGCGCAGCAAACAGUCAAUCCGCCCAAACCACUCGCAACGUAGCAAGUAGCUCAGCACCCCAGAGAUCAACACUCAGUCAAGUGAUUCGAAGCUCGCAAGGCGCAGCGAAUAGCCAACCUGCUCAGACCACUCGCAACGUAGUGAGCAGUUUAGCACCCCAGAGAUCAACACUCAGUGAAGUAGUUCGAAGCUCGCAAGGCGCAGCAGUGAGUCAAUCCGCUGAUAAUACCUCUGCGGGAAGACCUCGCUCGUCGGCAUCUCAAAACACGCUCAAUCCGGUACCCAGCUCCGCAGGACCUCAAACCACUCGUAAUGUGGUAUCCAGCGUACCAGGACCUCAGAAUACUCGCAAUGUGGUACCUAGCUCAGCGGGACCGCAAAGCCCUGAAAACCCGACGCGUGUGCUUUCAGCAAACUCUGGACCUACUCUUUUGACUGGCAAUAGAAUUGGCGUGGCGACCAAUCUCUAG